UAUUGUUUUCCAUCAUGGCUGCCGCCAGCUUAGUUGGGCGCCGGAUUUUCGGCUUCUGCAAUUUAUUACCUCAAAGUUUCCUUUUAAGUUCACUAAACCACGGCAGAUCCUCACAGAAUAUACUGCAGAUAUGUGGUAGAUCCUUUUCACAAGGUCAGCGGUAUUCUAGAGCUAUAAUCUGCCGCAGAACGUCCCAAAUUUGUUGCCCUUCUCAACCAGCCGUCUUCUCAGCUCGCCAUUUUUCAUCGCCCGGAUCAGAAGAAGGUCCUUCUAAACCCGAGAAACCAGAAAACAAGCCGACGCCAACCGUACAAGUCAUCGGGAUCCCCAGUCCACUGAGAUGGAUCAGAAAUAAGGUCUACUUCUGGCUCAUUCAGAUCUACUUCGACCCAGAGUUCACUUACGCAGGCUUCAUAUCAGGGGCAAAACAGGCCCUGGUGGUUAUCUCAGAGAAACUCUCACAGUGCAAUUUUGAAGGGCUGGACCAGCUCAUAUCAAAAGAGGCCUUACCUGCAGUCAGAGACAAAUGUACGUCCCUGUCCCUGAGUCAGAGGGAAGGACUGAGGGUGGACAAGGAGGACAUCAUGAUCACAUUUCCUCAGGACGUCGCUAUCUACUACGACGAAGGAGGUCGUAAGUUUGUGGAUGUGAUGGUGAGGUUUUGGUACCUGAGUAAGGCCAGGUGGCAUCCCAUGGAGGAUGACCCAGAAGGGAUUAAGAUAUUCAAGGUUCCCAGAAUAGAAGGGAUGGAAGGUCGAGAGGAGGACAAGAAAAUCCUCACCUGUAAUUAUGAGUUCCACCGUGAGUUCACCCCAGGAGUGACAGCUGACUGGACAGUCACUAAAGUACAGCACUGGAAGCUUCUAGAAUAACUCAGGCUGAUUUUAGUCCUUUUUAUAGAUAUGUACAGCCUCAUAACACUGGUCAAAUCUGGAAAGACUUUCAUAAGUCAUUUGCAAUUAAUUUUAAAUAAAACACAGCUAUGUUUGUUAAAACCAAUCCCAUAAUUUCUGCCAUUUGGAACUUAGUGGAUUUCAUUUGAUUUUAUGUGACCAUUUACAUAAAAACCUUGAAACUUACAAAAUGUCUUGCCAAAUUCAAACUCAAAUUCAAAGUGGUGGUGUAUUCAGCAACAGUCUGUUUUGUAAGAAAACUAUUACAAACAAUGAGACUCCUCCACAUUUACAGUAACAUUGCAAUUAAGUAAUUAUUUCCAUUUGUUUGUAUCAUAGUUGUAAUUGUGUUUACAAUGUCCACUCAACAUUGAUCUGUGAAAAAGCAUUUAGCUCCAAUGACAAUUUCUUGCCAUGAAUACAUGUUUGUUCCCUAACCCUGAGUCAUGGAACAUUGCAUGUGGCAAUGUCCAUGUAACCCUAUGCUUGUUAUGAGAGCAUUUUAAGGCUACAUCAAAUGUUAUGCAAAGAUAGCUGUUUUCAUAUUGAAAGUUGUACUUUCUUGAUUAUCCUGAAGUUGGUUAUGAAGAAUGGUAUAUGUAUAUUUUCAGAAGCUGUUAGCCAUGUUGUUGCUACUCAUUGCAACACUUCCAGUUGAGAAGUUGAAACUCAAUACAAUAAAAGUUAGAAAGAUGUUAUUGUGUGGAAUGUUGUUUC